AUGGCAAAGAUGUCAGCAAACCCACGAAAAAAGGCUAAAAUCGAUUCUAUUCUUCGUUGGAGUUAUUGUGGAGGGGUAGAUGAACCUUUUUAUAAAGAUUUCUUUCAUAAAGAGCAAAGAUGGGG